GUCCGGGACAGACCAGGGAAGAUGGCUGCCACUGACCAUUCCCGGUCCGAAGCAGCCAAACAGCGACGGCAGGACCAGCUGCAGAGAUGGCAGGGCUCGGAGACGGACUGUACGAAAACCGAGGCCCGAGAACUCGCAGGCGGCUCGGGUCCACGGAAAGUCCGCUUCGCCCAAGGAGCCGUGUUCAUGGCUGCGUGUUCCGCCGGAGAUCGGGAGGAGGUGGCAGCUCUUCUGAGGCAGGGAGCUGACAUAAACCACGCGAAUAUAGACGGUCUGACUGCGCUUCAUCAGGCCUGCAUAGAUGAAAAUGCAGAGAUGGUGCAGUUCCUGGUUGAGAGCGGCAGUGACGUGAACCGAGGGGACAACGAGGGUUGGACUCCUCUACAUGCUGCAGCCUCGUGCGGCUUUGUCCAGAUCGUCAAAUAUCUAAUAGAGCAUGGGGCUAAUGUCGGUGCAGUGAACAGUGAAGGGGAGCUUCCACUGGAUGUAGCUACUGAAGAUGCUAUGGAGAGACUCCUCAAAUCUGAAAUCAAGAAACAAGGGGUAGAUGUAGAUCAAGCUCGAAAACAAGAGGAAAGAAUCAUGCUUCAAGAUGCCAUGGCUGUGAUGUCUGGUGGAGGCACGCUCACACCACACCACAACACCAGGGCUACUGCUUUGCAUGUUGCAGCAGCUAAAGGAUACAUUGAAGUUCUCAAAGUGCUGCUUCAGUGUGGUGUGGAUGUGGACUGCCGUGACAUAGACGGAUGGACACCUCUCCAUGCAGCCGCGCACUGGGGACAGGAGGAGGUGUGCACUUUGCUCGCUGAUCACAUGUGUGAUAUGGGAGCCGUCAACAAUGUGGGCCAAACUGCUCUAGAUGUUGCUGAUGAGAACCUUGUAGACACUUUGGAGGAGCUUCAGAAAAAGCAAAAUGCGUUACGCAGUGAGAAAGAGAAACAAACUCCAGUUAUAGAGACCAGUCCUCAGAUCGCCAUGGUACCAAACCGAACUCGAAGGACCUCUAUCUCCCGUAUGAGCAGUAAGGAGAAGAUCUGUCUCCACGAGCGUGAGAAGCACCCCCCUCCUGCGUUACAGAGCAGCCCAGCUGAGGAAGAGGAAGAGGAGGGCCAAACGGGACAGGGUCAAACUCAGAGCCAAACCAAAGCCUCCAGCAGCUCUAGCUCCGAAGAGGAGAGUGAAUCUGAGAGUGAUGCGGAGUCAGAGAAAGCUAAGAAUCGUGAAAUCAUCAACAACUUGAACAACAAGCGUAAUACCACAGGACUGCUUUCUACCUCAACAAGUGCUGCUGUUAAGAAGGAAACCAGUAAGGCACCAUCCACUGAGGCCCCAGGCUCCUGGAGGACCUCCCUAAGAAAGGCGGGCAGCUCAGUGACCCUUGGUUCAGCCGGUCUGUCAGAGUCCAGCCAGGAGCGCCCCACAGAGACUGCAUUAGGAAUGACCCGCUCUGCGUCCAGCCCCCGCCUCAGCUCUGAAGCUGACAACAAGGAGCCGAGGCUGGCCCGCGUACCACCCAUUACAACGCGGAGGCUCUUCAGUAUACCUGACAGCAGUCCUGACAACUCCAACAGCUGGCUCAGUCGUAGCUCUUCUUACACCCGGCGCCUUCACAGUCAGUCUGGCAGUGAGCUCAGUAGUUCCAACCCUUCCUUGCCUCACAGUGCAUCUUACGGAAAGAGACUGGACGAAUCCACUGUAACCUCAGCCAGUUUAGGGACAAGCUCUUCUGGUCUCAGUCGACCCAAUAGUGUUUUAGCCCAGAGACUUCCUCAGGAACAGUCAGAAAAGAAGGAUCAGCCUGCUGCAGUCACAACAACUAAUUCUGGCAUCAUGAUCACAGGCGAACCCGAAGCCAAGCAAAGGCGCAAGUCCUAUCUGACUCCUGUGCGGGAUGAAGAGGCAGAGGCUCAAAGAAAGGCCCGAUCCCGACACGCAAGGCAGUCCCGCCGCUCCACUCAGGGUGUAACACUUACAGAUCUACAAGAAGCAGAAAAGACCAUGAAGACCAAAACUGAAAAUAAAGUGAGGGAGAAGAAGGAGGAAGAUGAGAAAGAGAAGGAGAAAGAGAAAGAGAAAGAGAAGGACACUAAACUGAAGAAGGGAGAUGAAGGGGAAGUGAGUUGGAGGUCUCGUAUUGCCAGUCUACAGAAGUCCGACCUCCUGGGCCUCACACAGCCUGCCGGUACAGCGCGGACUCAGGCUACGGACAGGAGAGAUGUUGAGGCCAGUAUAGGGGGAGAGAGUGAGACAGAGCGAUGGGCGAGAGAGCGAAGGGAGAGACGACAAGCCCGGGCCAGAAGGAAGGCACAGAGGACCGGAGAGAGUGAUGACAACGAGCCAAGUGGAGAGGAGGAGUUAACAGGCAGUGGGCUGGAUCCACAGGCCGGCCAACACUUGAGCUCCAGGUCAAAUGUGUCCUGUAAUGACACAGGAGGAAAUUCAGAGACUAAAGAUUAUAAAAAGUUAUUUGAAGAAUUGUCCAGAGAAAAUAGUCAACUACAAUCACAACUGCAGGACACUCAGAGGAUUGUUAAUCAGACUCGGUUGGACUUGGAAAAAGCGACGCAGAGGCAGGAGCGCUUCACAGACUGCUCAGCCCUGCUGGAGAUGGAGAGAAAGGAUCGGAGGAUGCUGGAGAGGAGGAUGGCGGAGUUGGAGGAGGAGCUAAAGGUUCUUGUUGAUCUGAGAGCAGACAACCAGCGUCUUAAGGAUGAAAAUGGAGCACUGAUCCGUGUCAUCAGCAAACUCUCCAAAUAGACUUCCAGAGAGAGAGAGCGAGACAUAAAGAGCAGGGACUCCCGCCCCCCCUCCCCUUCCCAUCCACACAUUCCUCCCAAUGCCAAAGACAGACCGAGGGAAGAAGAUCGCACAACUGUCCUGACCAUAGCACCAGCAGAUUGUUAUGCCCCAUCACCAUAGUCCCAAACAGCUGGAGGGCUCUGUGUGCCUUAAUGUUGUUUGUCACAGAAGAUUUGUGGCUAUAGCUUAAGCCCUCACAAUAGCAUGAAGACGACAGCCAAACUCCCAUGGCUGGUGCAACACAGAUCACAACAUUAAGCAUCUGUGUGUCUGGGGAACACUAACAUGCACUACAUUCCUAUAAGUGCAUCAGGAUUUCCUCGAUGCACAUUCCAUGAGCACACAAGGCCCCACGGUCUUUAUAGCUCCCACUUAAUAUUUACGUUUUUGAACACUGUCACCUUCACAAGUUUAUUGCUCACUGUGUUAAGCCCCCUUAAAAUGUGUUGUCAAGCAGUUAACGUUUUGUCAUUCUUCGAAAAGCUACAACACUUCAGGUCUGACGACUCAGAAACAUCCGGCGGAAGUUUGUCGUUUCCACAUUCAAGUGUUUUUGAACCCACCUACCUCUCCACCUAAGCACUUCCCCACCUAUUUUUUUUUUAUUAUUAUUAGUUCUGUGACACACUCCAUGUUCUUAAAAAGACAGCAGAACCAAGUCAUUGGAAUAUAGCACUUUACUCUGCAAAGUAAUACAAGAUCUGUGAGGUUUUGCAAGUUCACCAGUUAAAUUAUUAUUUUGGAGCACCGUUUUCCUUUUUAACAGAGGAAAGGUUAUGGCAUGUUUGAAGGUCAAAGGUUAUUGCACAUUUCUACACAUUGCUGUUACAAAUGCAACAAAUGGUUUUAAUAUUUGCCAUGGACAAAAAUAUUUUCAUAGUUUUCAUGGACAAUUGCUCUUUCUCACAAAUGAGCGAGGUCUUGUAUAUUGAAUGUCUUAAAAUAUUAGUCUUGAAUAAUACCCUUCAGAAAUAAAAAUAAAAAACAUAGCCUUCUUCACGUUUGUUUUCUAAUAUAUUUAAUGAAUGU